AUGUCGUCCGCUAUCUACCAGGCGACCUGCUCGGCGCCCGUCAACAUCGCAGUCAUCAAGUACUGGGGCAAGAAGGACACCACGCUCAUCCUUCCCACCAACGACAGUCUCUCGGUUACCUUGGACCAGGACCACCUUCGAUCAGUCACCACUGCUCGCGCUGAUGCCAGCUUUGGAGCACAGGACCGAUUGUGGCUCAACGGCGAAGAGGAGACCAUCAAAACCGACGGUCGUCUCCGCAGAUGUAUCGAUGAGAUGAAGAAGCUUCGUGAGGCUAAGGAGUCCAAGGAUGCCAAUUUGCCAAAGCUAUCUGGAUGGGCCGUGCACGUGUGCUCAGAGAACAACUUCCCCACUGCCGCCGGUCUUGCUUCGUCCGCCUCUGGCUUUGCCGCCCUCAUCGCAUCGCUCGCAGCGCUCUACGAGCUGCAACCAGAAGUCUCGAGCUCAGAACUCUCGCGCAUCGCUCGUCAGGGAAGUGGAUCCGCCUGCCGCUCGCUCUUUGGCGGCUACGUCGCAUGGCAGGACGGAGAGCAGCCAACAGGUCAAGACAGUCUCGCUGUCGAGGUUGCUCCUCAAUCGCACUGGCCAGAUCUUCAAGCUCUGAUUUGCGUUGUCAGUGACGCCAAGAAGGGCACUCCAUCCACUGCAGGUAUGCAGCGCACUGUGCAAACCUCGCCUCUGCUUCAGCACCGUAUCAAGGAGGUCGUGCCCGAGCGCAUGGUCAAGAUCUCGGAGGCGAUUCAGAAGCGAGACUUUGACACUUUCGCCGAAAUCACUAUGGCCGACUCGAACAACUUCCACGCAUGCUGCCUCGACACUGCACCUCCCAUCUUUUACAUGAACGAUGUCAGCCGUGCUAUCGUUCAGCUUGUUGAGGAGCUCAACCGCGCCAACGAGGCUGAGGGCAAGGGCAAGCUCGUCGCGUACACCUACGACGCUGGACCGAACGCUGUUCUGUACGCUCCCAAGGCCAAUAUGCCUCAGAUUCUGCAGACGAUCCGCCACUACUUCCCCAACGCCGACUUUGAUGACACGUUUGACCUUCUGGGCAAGGGUGUCAACGCUUCGCACCGUGGAGCUCAAGAGGCACUCGGUCUGCCUUUGUCGUUGCCAAGCUCGUUCAACUCGAACGUGAUCCCCGUGCACGAGGCUGGCGCAGUACGACGACUCAUCCACACUCAGGUCGGUGAUGGGCCACGUGUGCUCGAGCGAGGCGCCGGCAAGGAGUCGCUGCUCAACGAAAACGGAGAGCCUAUCCGUCUUCAACGUGCCAAGCGCGCUUGA